GCGUGGCCUCAACGUCCACAGACCCACAGCGCCAAGCUCUCGUAAGGACGACUCCGCCUCUCAUGCCGUCGCAGCUAGGCACUACCAGCAGCGCUCGUGACUCGGGUGUCGACUUCGUACUGCUGGACUUGACUAACGCCAUCGAUGCAGGUCAUGCGCGUCAGAAAGAGGCGACGCCCGUCCUCCCGCUACCGUCUGCGGCUAAACCUGACUACGUUGUUAGGAGAAUUGAGUGCUGGAACAAGGGGUACAUCUCGGAGGAGCUACUGGAUGUGAGCACGUCGCUGCCUCUGGGCCCACAAGCUGCGUUCCGUCGGAAACUGCUUCUGGUGCUGGCGCUGCAGCUAUUCGCAGUGUGGGUCGCGGUUGGGCUGGGCACGUUCUACCCGCCCGUGCGCGAUCGAGUGCUUCCAGCCUUUGCUGAGCACGGCCCUGCGCUUGUGGGCGUUGCAGCGGCGGUAACGUUCGCACUGCUCGGUGUUCUCUAUUACCAGUGUAGACGGCGCUACAUCAACCUUUUGAUCCUCAUGUGGUUCAGCGCGGCGCAGGCCGCCACGUUUGUUGGUCUGGGCGUGACCUUCGACACGCACAUCGGCUUUUUCAACUGCGGGGCCACGUUCACGUGGGUCUUGCUCAUGGUCUUGUUGGUUGGUGUUCGAGUUAAUGGUCUGAUUCCUGGGAGGCAUCUCAUGUCGCCAUUAGUUGCAGGAGCUCUGGCGUUCGCGGUGGUGGUGUGCGCCUCGUGUGCGCUGUUCAUGGUCUUCGGCACUCGCUUCGUCACAAGCCAAGCGUUCGGAUACUCCCUGGUUUUCCAGUUCAUCCUGCUGGGGUGGUUCACGUGGGACGCCACGUGCAUGUUCGAAGUGGUGGCGGUGGACGAGUUCGCGUACGGGGUCAUCUACAUCUACACGGAUAUCGUCCUGAGCUUCCUGUUCUCAGUCGCUGUGGCCGGCGUCGCCAUCGGGUUCACGUCUCUGAUGGUGCUCAUGCUUGCAAGCGGAGGGGACGGCCCGGACCCGAGCUGCUGCAGCGGGUUCGACUUCAACUGCUGCAUCGUUUGCGUUGAUGGCGUUGGCGGCCGGAUGACACGGUCAAGGGCGGUGGAGGUGCCGCCCGUACGACGCAGAUGCACACUGUCGCGUCACCACCGGGACACUACAGAGCAAGAGGAUAACGCGAGGAGAGAUCAACGCAUGGAGCGCGUAUGA